GAGGAGUUGUGGGUAAUUUUGUUUUCCAAGAUGGCGGCCGUUAGCGUGAGAAAUUUUCGUAACUUUUUCAGUGGAAAAAGAACUCUAGUCGUUCUCCGCACAGGUUUCAAAUCCAGUAUACCAUGUAUGGCUAUACUGAAUCGUCCAUAUUGUGAGAGCUCUUCUCAAAGUGUUCCUGACACUUUGAAAGAACGUUCUCCAACUAUCAAAAGAAGUCCGUUGUUCAGCGGUCAAAACAUCACGCCGAAAAGAUUCCAGCUAUCAUUUGAGGAGUUCCAGCAGCUGAGAAGAAAGCUACGCACCAAGCAGAAGCUAGCUGGUUUGCCGAUUGGUGUAACAUUUCUGUUAGCAUCGAGCACCAUCACUGCUUACAUGUUCCCAAAUAUCUUCGAUGCUACUCCGGAGCAGAUUGAACCGAUAUUAGGAAUGGAUCCAAUAAUUUUCUGUGGUCUGUGUGGUGUGGCCAGUGCUGGUGUUGGGUUUGCUGCUGGAACUGUGGCAUUUAAAUCAGUUUGGAAGUUGUUUAACAAGGAGCUUUUUGUCUAUGUUUUGUAGCGUGAAGCUGAUUUCUUGGAAAGAGUUGCAGCCAGAAGAGCUUCAUCAAAUAGUAAAUUUGAAGAUGAUUACUAUGGGGAAAGUAUUAAGAAUGUCAGUGACUACAGGCAGUGGCUUAGAGAGCAACAGAAAAAACAAAACAUCACGGAUAAAUAUGACAACAAGGAACAAUCUGGAGAACUUAAAACAGAAGCUGCUUGAAUGAGAACAGAAGAAUCAGGAAAGUUUUUCGAUAACUGAUGAAUAUCCCCACAAUCAAUGACAGAUGAAUUCCCAUACUGUCCUUUUAAGGGGAAUCUACAAGAAAGUCAGUAAGGUGUUCGGUUAAGUUCACCUUUAGAGGAAUUUUUAUGACAAGACAUGUAGAGCUCCAUUGUCUCAUCCGACAGACUUUGUUUGUGACAGUAUUUUAUCGCUUAAAAAAAAAUGAAAAGCACAUGUUCAUUAAUGAGAAUAAUGUUUAGAACAGGACGGAGGAAUGACUGUAAAUUUUGACUUGUUUUUCAGAGCAUCUGUUAUCUUCUAAACGAAAGUCAGAUAAAUUACUUUAUCCAGUGUGUGCAAUAUAUGAUCCAAUGCUUGUUCCAGGGUCUGCAAUAUCGGAA